ACGGAGGGGAUAAAGCAACACUCCCUUCCGGUGUAGUGGCACAGCAGAAGCGACGAGAGAAGAAAGAGUCGUUUGUGGGGGUUGUGUUUCAGGGAACAUUCGGGGACAUCUUUGAGGGAAGGGGUCACCACAGCCUGCACUGUCCCUUCCUCCCCGGGAUGACUCGGCACGGCAAGAAUUGCACAGCGGGGGCCGUAUACACCUAUCACGAGAAGAAGAAGGACACAGCGGCCUCAGGCUAUGGGACCCAGAACAUCCGGCUGAGCCGGGAUGCGGUGAAGGACUUCGACUGCUGCUGCCUGUCUUUGCAGCCCUGCCAUGACCCUGUUGUCACCCCAGAUGGCUACCUGUAUGAGCGUGAGGCCAUCCUGGAAUACAUCCUGCACCAGAAGAGGGAGAUUGCCCGGCAGAUGAAGGCCUACGAGAAGCAGCGCGGCGCACGGCGUGAGGAGCAAAAGCAGCUGCAGCGGGCGGCUGCGCAGGACCAGGCGCGUGGCUUCCUGGAGAAGGAGGCGGCCAUCUCCGCGUCCCCUCUCUCCCGCCCCAGCGGCGCCGUGGUCACCCUGGAGUGUGUGGAGAAGCUCGUUCGCAAGGACAUGGUGGACCCGGUGAACGGGGAGAAGCUCACGGAGCGCGACAUCAUCGUGCUGCAGCGGGGUGGCACCGGCUUCGCAGGCUCCGGGGUGAAGCUGCAGGCGGAGAAGUCGCGGCCUGUGAUGCAGGCCUGAGGGGCUGUGAAAGUCAAAUAAAUCUGCUGCGGACUGGAUGCCUGGCACCUUCAUUUGCGGGCUGGGAGCAGACAGCACGGGCCUCCUGUCCUGAAUUAGAAAGAGGCACAGAUCGUUACGUGUCUCACAUUCCGAACAAACUCGAACUGAAUGUACACAAGACUGGUCCGCAUGAGGUGGGUGUGGUG